UAACUGGUGUCUUUCUCUUGAAGAUAACAGAGUACAAGGACAAGACGAGGUCAGAGCUAGCAGUAACUUAUAAAAAUGAGUGUUGGGUGUAGGUUCUCUUCAUUACGAGAAAUACAACUGAAAGAGAAGAUGUCGAGUCCAGUAUAUUGUUACCUUUUCUGCCUGUUGGUCGUUCUUUCGUUUUCAGCGUGUUUGUGUACCAAAGAUCCUGAUUGUCCGUUUGGCAGUCCGAAAAUAGAUCUUGAAGAUCCUGAUGGCCGGUGCGACCGUUUCUGGCUGUGCGAGGAUGGCAUGACUUCCGACAUGUUUUGUCCAUCAGGAAAAGGUUUUAAUCCUGCAACUAAAAAAUGUGACGACAAAGCUCCUUGUUUGAGUGAUCCAUCAGCAGCUGCGUCCGAAAGGCCGGCUGGUCUCGCUCGUAUCGCGGAUAUAUUGGUAACGAAAUCGAUGCCAAGUCCAACCGACGGCAGUGACAAGAAAUUAAAUGGACUUGCAACAUUGUCGUCAUUAUUUACACCGUUGAUUCUUCCACUUGUCCGAAUGGUUGCUGGCUAAUAUCUUUUGUUUCGAAAAUGUACAAGUUAAAAUC